CAUUUCAAAACGUAACAACAACAAAAAUAACGGUCACUCUACGUAAUAGCACCGAACAGCAAACAUCUCUUAAGAGUCCCGUUACAAGUUUCGCCACGCGGCACAAUUUGCUCGACGACGUACUCGUUUUGGGGAACGCAGCGAAAAUGACAAGCCGACAUUCAUUGCAAAAUGAAGUUGAAAUUCUGUCGUAGUGUGGAGUUCCUACCCAGUCAGGCAAAGGACUGAGACGUCCUCUGCCCUCCGCCGCUUGCAGUGGAAUAAGCCGCGCCCGAGGACGACUUGGCAAUUUUGUUUAUCGUUUCACUUUCAUUAUCUCAGAAAUGGGCUGAUUGCUUAUAACUCACCUUGGGGUUUUUCGUUUAACAAGAAAUGCUGUAGUGAAAAGGCAAGCACCGUGUCACCAAAUACCGAAUUAAAGGACAGACAUGCCGGCUAAACUGCUGCUGCCCAUCGCGGUGCUCUCCGCUCUGGUGCUCUGCAUCCCCACCGAGGCGUGGUACAAGCAGGCGGCCGGUCCAAGCUACCACUCGGUGGGCAGGGCGUCCGGCUUGCUGUCGGGUAUCCGGGGGUCACCAUACGUCCGCAGAGGAGUUGACGCGGAGCCGUCACAAAGUUUGUUUCCUGCAACGGAAGCGCUGCGUUUUAGCCUGAAGACAAUGCCCACCUGUAUAAGACACAUUGCAGCAAACCCAUUAAGUUGUCAACUCUUCCCCGGAGACAAGACGACGUUCAAGUGCAAAGCGGACAUUUUCCUCUCUCUGGACUUGGCAGACUGUGUGGAGGACUGAGCUGCUGAGCUCAGAUUUUCUGGCUCAAUUUUAUGCUGUAGAAAUGUAUUUCUGUGUGUACAUAUUUGUUUUAAUCAGUAAACUGUAUAAUCUAUGUUCUGUCUUAAAAACGAAAUUCCCCCAAGCAGAAAUUUGGUUUACCAUCUUAAACUGUUGCCACUAUAAAACCUUAUGUUCCUAAAUUACAGCCAAAGUAAAAUAAAGUAAAACU